GAAGCGGUAUUGGGCGACUUAUGGCAAUUCGUUUCGCCAAAUUGAAAUGUCCCCUGGUGUUAUGGGAUGUGAACGAGAAAGGGAAUGAGGAAACAUUAGCAAUGUGUAAAGAGUAUGGUGUCACCGUUAAAACAUACAAAAUAGAUCUUUGUGACAGAGAUGAUGUUUAUAGUGUUGCUAAUAAGGUCAAACAGGAAGUUGGUCAAAUUGACAUUUUAGUAAACAAUGCUGGUAUAGUAACAGGGAAGAAAAUUCUGAAUUGUCCUGAUCACAUGAUGACAAAAACAAUGGAAGUUAACUGUAUGGCGCAUUUCUGGACUGUCAAAUCAUUUCUACCGGACAUGAUGAAGAGAAACCAUGGUCAUAUUGUUACUGUCGCCAGCUCGGCGGGGUUUAUAGGAGUUUCUGGCCUUGCAGACUACUGUGCCAGUAAGUUUGCCGCUGUGGGUUUUGAGGAGUCGUUGAGAUUCGAACUUGAUUCGCAGGGAAAAGAUGGUAUACACACAACAGUUGUGUGUCCGUUCUUUAUCAACACAGGAAUGUUCGAGGGUGCAAAAACCAGAUUUCCUCUAGUCUUGCCUGUACUGGAGCAAGAGUAUGUAGCCAAGAAGAUUGUAGAGGCUGUAUUAUGUAAUCAAACAAUAUUAUGUAUACCAAAAAUACUCUAUAUUUUCUACGCAAUCAAAGGAUUAAUUCCUCACGAACCUGGAUUUGUGGUUAGUAAAUAUUUAGGUGCUCAUAACCUGAUGGAUACUUUUGUUGGAAGACAGAAAAGAGAAUAAUCAUUGGACUAAAUUAGUGUUUCAAGGAGCGGCUUAAAAUCAUAUAUUACAGUAUGCUGGGAUAUACCUACAAUAUUGCACGGUCGUUUUUUAUAUUUAAGGGAGCUAUAUUGCUUGCUUUAUUAAAAUGUUAAAUCACGAAAUAAAAUAUGUGAAACAAUGA